GAUGCGUGUGAAUGAAAGAGAAAUGACUGAUGGUGAAAUAAAAAAGAAAAUGCGCGUGGUACAUAGCGUUGAAUCGGCUAGUAGAAUCAGUUAUUUUUUGGAAUAGGAAGGGGAAGGUGCCUAACGGUUAGGUAUCUUACCGCUAACACGACCGCUGCAGACUGCAGUCUGUACAUUGCUUAUUGCUAUACUGUGCCAUCACCUUCUAUAACCGCCGUCAACUAUCUGCUAUCACCAUGCAAUGUUGUAUUAGGGCAUCAAUACAGAUAGUCUUUUUAACGAUUCUUAUGUUGGAAGAAAACUCAGCGUUAACAUCAGUAAAAACGAACAAGCAGAAGACUCCGAAUGGCGUUUUAGGUAUAGAGACUAGUUGUACUGGAGAAAACCUGACGGUUACAGUAGAUAUGGAGCAGUCGUUCCAUGGAGCAAUCCAUGCAAAAGGAUUUCCAAUCGAGUGCCGAGCGGUGGGGCAGGGAGACAAAUUUGUCCAGCUAACAGUAGCUGCAUCAAGUUGCGGCCUAAGGAUAACUCCUCACAAAAUGUCUUAA